AUGAAAGCUGUCGCAGCCUUUUUGCUCGUGCUAUGUCACCUGGCCAUCAGUCAUGGCUGGACCUGCAACGAGGGUCCAAGGCUGUAUAACGUCAAACAGAUUGAUGCUGGGCAGGGGAAAGUCGUCGCCACAACCACCAGCAAUUAUGCAUACUUCCUCAUUAAUACACACUGGUACAACCUGGGCACAACUGCUAGAGUCAAGCAUGUUUCGGUGGGACCUGCAGGACUGUGGGGAGUUGACACCUCGAACAAAGUCCACAAAUAUGUAUCUGGCAAAUUUCUUCCAUCUACUGGUUUGACUAUGACUCAGGUGGAUGCUGGAGGUGAUGGCCAGGUUGCUGGAAUAUACACCAGCUCCAACGCCGCCUACUGUCUGAGAAGUGCCACAGCAUUGGCCUACAAGGGAACAGGCUCCCUCAGCUGGACUUCCAUGUCAAGGGCUUUGACGUACAUCAGCUGCGGCCCACUGUAUGGAUGCUGGGGAGUGGACUCAAGCAACCGACUUUACGUCAUGAGAGUCACACCAACCACCUGUGGCGUGUCUGGCUGGGUGUACGUGUCAGGGAUAGCUGCGAAAAUGGUUGAGGUGGGGACCGAUGGAAGUGUCUUUGUAGUGACUACAACAGGCAAGGUCUACCAAAGAAUCGGGAUCUACAGCAGUCGUCCACAAGGCUCAAGUUGGCGCCUCGUCUCUAUGUGCAUGUCCAUCAAGCACCUGAGCUAUGACCUGGGCACACUUUGGGUUGUGACCACAAGUGGUUUCACUAUGCGAUGCACACACUAA